UCCGCCGCCGCCGCCGCCAGGCUGACCAAUGGACCUCUCCGUCGUGCCAUCCCUCUCCCUCUCCCCGCGCCGUGCCCUUCCACUCCCGGCCAGGAGGGCUGCGCGGCGUCCGGCCUUCGUCUGCCGCUGCAGUUGCUCCCUGGACGCGUCCCCGGUGGCCACCCGGCGGUUGUUCGCCUCCCUCCUCGCCACCGCAGCAGCGGUGGGGGUUGGCGUGGCCGGAGGCGGAGGGGAAGCCGGCGCGGUGUCCACGAGCAGGAGGGCGCUCAGGGCGUCCAAGAUUCCUGAGAGCGAAUUCACCACCCUGCCCAAUGGCCUCAAGUACUACGACAUCAAGGUAGGAAGUGGGGCUGAAGCUGUUAAAGGAUCCCGUGUUGCGGUACAUUAUGUGGCCAAGUGGAAGGGCAUCACAUUCAUGACAAGUAGGCAGGGUCUUGGUGUUGGUGGUGGAACGCCAUAUGGGUUUGACGUAGGCAAUUCUGAGAGAGGCAAUGUUUUAAAAGGAUUGGAUCUUGGGGUUGAGGGAAUGAAAGUCGGAGGCCAGAGGUUGAUAAUAGUUCCUCCUGAACUGGCGUAUGGAAAGAAGGGUGUCCAGGAAAUUCCUCCAAACGCAACUAUUGAGCUGGAUGUCGAGCUUCUAUCAAUCAAACAGAGUCCAUUCGGGACUCCUGUGAAGAUCGUUGAAGGAUAGCUUUGCAUAGAGUUCUGAAAGAAAUGGUACAUAUCUGCAUGGACAGUAGAGUACUAGAGUGUUGCUAUUGAAAAAGGCUAGUUUACUAAAAUAUGCUGGUUGUAUUCUCUUGAUAGUACACUCUUGUAAGAUUUCGACUUCACUGAAACAUAGAUUUUUUUUUUC